UUAUCAUCAUCCAGCUUAGCGAUAAGAAACGUGGUGAAAAUUUAACAGCGUGGAAUAAUCGUGGGCCAUCGGUUUAGCUGUGUGCCCUCGAGAUGCGGUGAUGGCUUUGCUGUACAGAUUCGCGCAGCUGCCUGACAGCAGUGGCACGCGGGUCUUCUCGUUCGUCGUCACAAGAAGCGUGGUACGGGACCCCGAAAGAGACGUGACAAGCAAGGAGCUCGUAUGCGGCUUUCAAAGAUGGUCCGUUGCGUUUUCACGAGGGAACAAGGUUCUAGGCGCGUACCUGGUGUGGCGCGGUGCGUCGAGGAACCUGCGCGUCUACGUGGACUUCACGUUCACCCUUCUGAACCGGGAACACUUCUCCAUGAACGAGGGAUUCUCCGGGAAACGGGUCAAGUUCACGUACGAGGCGCCCGCCCAGGGCAACCGGAACUACAUCCCGGUCUCGGACCUGUACAGCCGAAACUUCGCCGACACGAACGGCGAGUUCCAAUUGGAAUUGUCGAUGGCCAACGUGAGGACCGUGUACAUGACCGACCUUAAGAUGCCGGGCGGCACAUUCUCGUCGGGCCAAUCGAAGCCGAACAAAUUGGAGACCGAUUAUUUCGCGUUCGGCGGCUUCGAUUGGAACCUGGUCAUAUAUCCCCACGGGAACAAGGAGUUGGAGGGUUACACGAGGGGCCACGAGAACGGGAUCAGCGUUUACCUGAUGAGGAUGAGCGGGUUCGAUCAUCGGUGCAGGGUUAGAUACAGCGUGGCGUUGGGCGAGGGCGAUCGCAGGAUCGAUUCGGGCCAGAUCGAGGACCUGUCCGACGCGGAGCGUUGCGGGUUCGGGUGGCACACCAGGGUGAGGUGGUCCGAGGUGGCCCACAAAGGCGUGGUCAGGGUUUCCCUCGAGAUGGUCGAGGCGAGGACAAUUUGCGAGGUCGCGGUGCAAGCUCGCGGCCCCUCCGUCCUCCCCGCGACCCCCUGCUACGAUCGUGACAAGCAGGCGUGGAUGAUCAGGGCCGACUUGCACUCGGACACCGUCAGGCUGCACCUCGUCUACAAAGAUAUCCACAACGUUCCGAGGAAUCAUUUGAGGUACGUCAGUUGGUCAGCCUAUCUUCUUCGCGACGAGGAGGCGAACAUGACCGCGAUCAGUUUACCAGGGGCCCCGUUCAGCCGUUACUACGCCCAAGAGUCCGCGGACGAAGGUAUCAUAAUGGAGACGAAUCUGGACACGAACGAGGUGAAAGAAAAUCACUGUCCGUUCCUGACCGACAAAGGACAAUUGAGGAUCCGGCUCGAGUGGAACGAGAGCCAUUUGCUCUUCCAAGCGACCUAUCACAAGUACGACGACGUGUGCCGCAUCCACAAUCAACAAAUGAGACGGGAGAUCUCCCUCCUCCAGGCGGAGAAUUACAGCCUGGAGAGGCAAUUGUUCAGCUAUCAGAAGAGCCUCGCCUAUACGCAGGCGCAGCAACAGCAACAGCAGCAACAACAUCAGAAUCAACAGCACCACGGAGGCCAUCAAGCCCAUCUGGAGAGAUCCGCGUCGACAGACACCGAAUACGCCUGACAAGUGGAACAACAACAACAACAACAGAUCCAAUCAAACGAGCUGCCAACCGCGACCACAUGCCGGCGACAAUUGCCAAUCGUGCACGAGGAUGAUCGUCGUGUCCACCAGAACCUUGUCCGGAUGAUGGAUCGACGAUUGAGUAACGUGCAGCUCCAACAACGGCUGUACGAAUCGGAAUCGGGCUAUCAGCAACGAUACGGCGACGGUUCACCGUGUCAGAGUAUCGUCGAUCAAACGGUGGAUCAUCAACAACAACGUCCGAGUAUCGUGCAGCAACCGAAGUCGGCGCGAUCCAGCGUAGGCAGAUCGGACAGCGGCUCGGAUCGUGGAAACGAUCGUUACACCGGCUACUAUUUGGGGUACGUCGGUCAGGCAGUGCACAAAAGACGUAGGACCACUUUCUGGGAGACACUGACGGGUCUCGUGUGCUCAUUGGGCGCUUUGGCUUCCAGGGCUGCCAAGAUGGCCACCAGGCGGGGAGAGCCACUUUGAAGAAGCUUAAGCGCGUUCUCGCGGACCAGUGGACUGGUACGUUUUACACGACACGUUUCGGGAUCACGAUAUAUCGGGAUACAAAUUGGCGAUCGUUCGUUUGGCGACGUGCUGUGAACACGUGUUCGAGGAACACGUUCGAGACGCAGGCACGGGGGAAAUAAAUUGCUGCUGAGAGGGGGAAACGAAGAGUAUAUGAUUUGGACGGUGGCCGAGAGAGGUCGCUAGUUUCGCAUAUUCCUCGUGUUUACCGCUGUAAUAGGAGACCCGUUUGUUUCGAGGAAAGGAUGAAUAAGGUGUUAAUCUUAUUUAGAGGAAAUAAAUAAAGAAGGAAUUUAUAUGUAUAGAGAAUCGUUGGAUUGCACGAGUCGUCUCUUUCAAAAAGUUGUGAAGGAGAGGAUAAUGGAAAGAAUUUCUUUUUUUCCUGGUGGCCGCUAUACAAGCUCGUGACCAGAUUUAACGAUCAACUCGACAAUAUAUGACAGAUGGAUGAGGCGACGAGAGAAAGAUGAUGCGGUGCAAGUUGCGGGCUCGGAAGGUAAUACUCGCACCGGAUUGGACCGACCGGAUUGACCAUUUUUCGUCCAUUUUUUUUUUUCCUCAAACGGAGUCCAAUUUGAAAGAGAAAAGAGCAAAAACGAAGAGGGUGAAUGUUCGAUUCGAAGUUCUCGACGACAAAGCAGCUCUGACGAAGAAAAAUUCGGCCGAAUGGAACCAACUUAUUGGAGCUGUCUUGUGGAGAAUCGUGAGAAGGAACCAGAAAGGAUUUCGCGUUAACACGAUUCGAACGCUGGAAAAAUUUCACAUACGUAUACAUAACACGCAUACACUCUUGAUAGAAAUCGAUCAAGAGAGGGAAUCGAAAGAGGAAUUAAAAAAAAAAAAAAAAAAAAAGAACGAAAUCCCCCUCGAUCACGAAUUCUAUUAUACACGUACAAGAAUACGAUUCUAUCUACUACUUUGUCAAUUUAUUAAGAGAAAACAAAAAACAAAAAAAAUACCUAUUUUCCUCUAAAGACUUUUUUCACCUAUCGUCUAUGACUUCUUUGAUAAUAAAGAAUCCGUGCGCGGUGUAGUCGCCGAGUCGUAACAACAUACUUAUUACGGUAGAAUACUUACACCUAAAACGAAUGCAAAUAAAAAAAAAAUUAAUAAUAAUAUUAAUAAUAAUACUUUAGAGUGCAGUCGAUGUUACAUAAACCGAAAGUAGGAAUGAACGAAAGAUGCUCUCGUUACAGAGCAAUCAACGUGGUACAUCAUAAACAUAUGCAUUCAUAAAUAUACAGAUAUACACACACAUACACACGGGCAUUAAUGUUCGUACUCGACUUUUUUUUAAAUAAAAAAGGCCAAAAGAGAUCAGGGUAAAAAAGAACAAUGCGAACGAUCCAAAUUUUUGACUUAUUGAACUAAUUUAUCAUUGUACGAAAAAUUUAUUAAUUUUUUCCGUUAAUUACUCAUUCUAAUAUACAUAUAUGUUGAAUGUUUAUAUUAUACGUCGAUCAAUUCGAUCAUUCCGAAUCAUGUUUAUACAUCAUUAUUUCUUUUUCUAAAAAUUAAAUACUUAUUAAUCGCCGUUUUAUCGAUAAAUUUACUAUCUAAAAAUUAUUAAUACGCGUUUUAGAUAACGAUAAAUUGUGUAAUUUGUACCAGGGAGAAGUUAAUGAAGAAAUUCGUUCAGAGUGAUAGAAUCACGAACAUCGUGCCGCGUGUGGCACUUAUAGAUCGAAGAAAUAUCCAGUUUAUUGCUCGUCGAAAAUACACACUUGUUUCUCCAACCAUUUUGGCCACGUUCUACUGUACCUGUACCAAUAUAGCGUCAUACGUGCGAGGUCUUCGACGAUAUUGCACUUUUCAAUUUUUGCAUCCCGCGCUUAUCGUCUAUUUUUCCUACGCCUUUCAUAUCAUCCGCCAUUUUCCAUCAAUCUUUCUUUUGCCUUUUUUGCAACAAUUUUCAAAUGGGACGACAGUCGAGAAUCUUUUUAAAUUUAAAAAUUUCCUUAUCCAAUUUAUCCUUUUUCAAUUUCUUCAGAUUUUUUUAUCUUUAAAAUUGACUCCUUCUUGUUAUCUUCGUGUUAUCCUCAUUCUCAAAGAAUCUAAGCUAACUCUCCACCGUUUCGUGGAACUGCUGAAACGGGGUAUGUCCCAACUUUUCAAUACUUCUUUAGGCAAAAACAGAUACUGGACAAAGCUGGUCAUACAAACUCAUAAAUAUCUCUUCGUGCAAACUUUCCUUUCUUGUAUUCUCUCUUCCCCACCAUUUAAAGUAGUUCACACAAAUCGGUACUUUUCAUCUUCCACUCCGGUUCAAAGUAUGUAUCUGUGUGUAGAGUACAAGAAAAGAUGCACAAUUCAACCAACCGGUAUCUACAUCCUGGCAGCGUAUCUACUUUCAUAUUGAUUUUCUUCGAGACGGUGAGAAUUCUACAACCGAUUCGUGAAACUGUUUCUCCUUAUCUUUUCCAUCUUGAUGCCGAUAUGAUGUCCCAUUUGAAAGCUUCGUAUCCUGUUCUUUCCUCGUGUAAUUAUAGUUUCAAAUAACCGAUAUCUAUAUACUGAAACACAUGUGUUUACGUUACGUCUUGCAUCAGCAUGCAUCGCGUCAGUAGCAAGACGAUCGAUACACCAGUUAGUUCACACAUUAGAUAUUACAGUCCACCAUGAACCGUCGUGUACCGCGCACGUGUGCCCGUGGUUGAAUCGGGUUUACUUGUACACACGAAACUCGUCCCAAUACCUGAUUAAAAGCACCGAUGAGAAACCUGAUAUCGUUCCUCCAAAGCUUGCAACUUUCCUUUCAUGCUCACGACUUCGAUUUUUCAUGUCGUUAACAUCUCUUAUUUCGUUCUAUCCUCGACUCUGCUCUUGAUAAAGAUAGACUCUGGAAAAUAUAAGUUAUUUCUAUGAGAUAAUUUUUAAAAGAAAAAUUUUAAAAUUACAGAUCAAAGAUUAUUCUUUUAUUCCCACUACGAUAGAGUCGUUCGAGACAAUUUUAGCGUAAGCAAUGGCAAGAUCCGCGAAAUUCGAACCGGUGCUUUUAACCGGAAGCACCAAUUCAUUCGAGAGAGAAAAAAAAACGAUACAUCGCAGUUCGAAAGUUGUGUCCCUCCUCUGAAGUAGCGGAGAUCUGUAUACUUUGUACAUAUUAUAACUGUACUAAACUGUUGAUGAUUUAAGAGAAUGAAAAUUGAAUAAGAAAAAGAGUUGUGCCUAUAGUAUGCGCGAAGCGGAGAAGGAUUUCAAGCGAAUCGCACGAUCGAGCAUCAUCGUUUCGUUCCAACGUUCAAAA